AUGUCUGAACUCAGUGGCAGCGUCCGAAAUGCUGCUCUCCCGGCCACCCGAGGGUAUCAACAGGAGAUGCUCGACGAGAGUCUACGAAAGAACAUCAUCAUCGCUCUGGACACCGGAUCUGGCAAGACGCAUAUAGCAAUCUUGAGAAUGAAACUGGAAGCCGAUCGAGAGCCUCGCAAGGUAUCGUGGUUCAUCGCCCCAACCGUUGCGCUUUGCGAGCAGCAGCGCGACGUUAUCGACAAAGCCCUGCCCGUGUCUGUAGGGAUCAUCUCAGGUUCGCUGGAGCCGGAUCAAUGGAAGGAUCCUGCGCUGUGGCGCCGAGUCCUGGAUACACAUCGAGUCAUGGUGUCCACACCUCAGGUCCUUCUCGAUGCCCUUCGUCACGGUUAUAUAAACCUUGGGAAGGACAUCGGAUUGAUCGUCUUCGAUGAGGCACACCAUGCAGUCGAUAACCAUCCGUACAAUCGGAUUAUGAAGGAAUUUUACUUCGCUCUGCCACGUCGUCCACAUGGGAUGGGCAUGCGGCCGAUGAUCCUGGGACUAACGGCUAGUCCGAUCUACGGUGGUCAUGUAGAGCAAGCAUUUAGAGUAAUUGAAGCUAAUUUGGAUUGUGCCAUCCGCGCACCUCAGAAGAAUCGGAACGAGUUGAGCUCGUACGUCCAUCGACCUGUAUUCAAGCACAAGAUGUACCACAAUGCCCCGUACUCGCCAUCCGUGAAUAUCUUGGCGUUGCAAGUAGUCCUGGACAAGAUGAAUAUCGAGGACGAUCCCGCGAUACAGAACUUGCGAAAGCAGCUUGCCAAUCUGCCUCCGGGUCCGGAACGAACGCGCGUGGAUCAGAAACUGUCGAAGUGGCUAAGCAAGGAGGGCACGUAUACCCAUAAGGGUCUCCGCGACCUUCACAGGACUGCGGUCGAAAUAUGCGCCGACGUCGGCCCUUGGGCAGGGGAUUGGUAUAUCGAGACCGUGUUAGAGCAAGCCAGAACCGCCUCCAAUCCUUACCACAACUUAUACAGCGCCUGGCAGAAUAGGGAGAAGAAAUAUUUGAUGGAAAAGCUUGCUCAAGUCAAGAUAACGCCCACAUCGUCGUUGCCGAAAGAUAUUGUCGAAGGUACUUCGAACAAAGUCGACAGGCUUAUCGAAUGCUUGGAACAGGAAAAAGCAGAGAAGGAGGCCUGCAACGAAGAAUACAGUGGUUUGAUCUUUGUGACCCGUCGUGAUGCCGUACUUGCGCUCGCCGAAGUCCUGAGUCGCCACCCUCGUACUCGUGAUGUCUUCCAAGUCGGCUCGUUGAUCGGCAAUUCCGACAGUUCUCAUCGACAUUCCUUCCUGGAUAUAACUCGGACGCUCAUCAAGCAGACGCCGUCCGAGACGUUGCGAGACUUCCGUAUCAAGGAGAAGAAUCUCAUCGUCGCUACUGCGGUAGCCGAGGAGGGCAUCGAUAUACAGGCGUGCGGAAACGUUAUCCGAUGGGAUCCACCUCAGAAUAUGGCGAGCUGGGCACAAAGCAGGGGCAGGGCCAGAAGGGAGAGGAGCAGCUUCAUACUGAUGUUUAGCGACGACAAUGUCUUUCGGAAGCAAGUCCUACAGUGGGAAGGGCUGGAGAAGCAAAUGGUGGCCCUCUAUAAUGAUCCUAAUAGACAGGUCAUAAAGAUGGUUGACGAGACCGACGAAAUGGAUGAAGACGACGAGGAACUACUUUACAGCAUCCCGAGCACUGGAGCCGUUGUGACGCUUCAUUCUGCCAUUGGACAUCUGGCACAUUUCUGUUCCAUUCUACCUGGAGCUGCUUAUGGUCACAAUGCGCCGCUGUAUGAUAUAGAUCCUCCCGAUUUCCCUGAGGGCUGGCACGCGAAUGACCCCCGGCAUCAAGGACUCCCAUAUCCUGGACCCUUCGGCGCUACGGUGACGCUCCCUCGCUACGUAGAUGCCGAUCUUCGUGUGCAUACUGUACCUCGCAAGUACCCCAGCAAGAUGUCUGCCAGGCGGCAUGCCGCGUAUUUUGCGUACAUCACACUUUACGAGGCAGGUUUGCUCAACGAGCACCUGUUACCCCUGACUAGCGCCGUAAAUCCUCAGGACGAGGAUGUUCAAACCCUCCUGAAAGACGUGGAGGGGAGAGCUGGCACAACGCACGUCACUGCCCAAAUAAACCCGUGGAUACCUUCCAAGAAAGCUGUCGGCUUGUGGUUCGCGACUGAAGUGGCAGUCGAGGGGCUACCUCCCCUUCGCAUGUUGUCGCGGGUACGCAUCCCCAAUCUCAAACCCGAGGACCUACCGACUCUGUACACUGCUGAGCGGGGAAAGCUGGUCGUCCAAAUUCGCGACCUUGGCCCGGUCGUUCAGUGGGAGGCUGAAAUUGAGCAAGGCCGGGGAUACACUCGCCAGUUGUUAUGGCCUCUCUACGGGCACCGUAUGACAUGGGACCAAGUUAACUUCGCGUAUAUGUUCUUUCCCAUCGCCGAAGCCGAUCAUACUCUCUGGGAGGAGCGAAGGGAAUGGGCUAAAACCAUCAACACACAGUCUGGGCACCCGUCAAAACCGCAUGACAAGUUUAGCAUCAAUGGCAAAGUCUUUGGUGAACAUCACUCGUUCCCAAACGAUGUGACAAUUAUCCGAGAUGGCGGAUGGCCUGGUAAACCUUAUCAAUUCAUGGCCUGGAAGAGUGAUGAUUUCUCCUCGGAGCAAGUGGAAGCGUUCGACGAGAAAUAUGGCGUGACAGUCCUGCUGGACCCUGCGUACGUCCUAGUAGAUCUCAUCUCCAAAAUCGAGGUUCAAUAUGCCAAAUUCAUCCCUGCCAUACUACGGCAUCUAUCCCUGAAGAUGACAGUUGUGUCCCUGAAAGAUGAUUUGUUUACCGAGUCCUGUCCAGUCUCGACGGCCCCUUUGGAAUAUCUAAGUACUGCCAUCACUGCACCCGUCUCGCAAGAGAAGACGAACUAUCAGAGAAUGGAAACGCUGGGCGACACAGUACUGAAAUUCCUCACGAGCAUACAUCUCCUGGCGGAGUUUCCUCUGUGGCAUGAGGGUUAUUUAGCCAAGAGGAAGGACCAUGCAGUGUCAAACGCCAAUCUUGCGAAAGCAGCUGUGUCGCAUCGCCUCUAUCGCUGGAUAAUCCGGGAUCGUUUUGUACCCAGGCGCUGGAGCCCAACGUAUGAAGAACCCGUCGUGGUGGACAAAGUAGACGGUAAUUCGGACAAGGAGUCCUCCAAGACGAAGCAGGAGUUAUCUACCAAGGUCCUGGCAGACGUAGUCGAGUCCCUCAUCGGCGCUGCCUACUUGCACGGAAGCUUCGAGCAAGCAAUGGAAUGCACUCGGUUCUUCGGCCUGGGCCUGAAAUGGCGACGACUGCCUACUCGUGUCGAAACCAUAUACUCCCGCACCGAAGGACUUCCGGAGAUCCCUACGCCAAUCUCAGUUGUGGAGGAUAUCAUAGGGUACAGAUUCACGAAGAAACACUUCAUUGUCGAAGCUCUUACCCAUCCCAGUUACCACACGGACCUUGGGUGUCGAUCCUAUGAUCGCAUGGAGUUCUUGGGAGAUGCUGUGCUGGACAUGGUGGUCACCGACUUCUUGUACCACGCCCCGGGCAAGGAGUACAAGCCCGGUCACAUCCACUUGCGAAAGACUGCGAUUGUCAACUCUCACAUACUGGCCUUCGUUUGCCUGCGUUCGUCGCGUGAUGUUGACGCACAAAUGCCCAGGGUAGGCAAGCACGGUGCUGUGACUCUUGACGCGGACGAACAACACAUAUACCUCUGGCAAUGCCUACUGCACUCCAGUAUGCGUGUUCUGGAAGACCUCGAUAUCACCUUCGGGCGCUUUCAGAAGAAUAGAGCGGAGAUCGAGGAAGCUCUGGAGACAGGCAGUGUGUAUCCCUGGGCCGCUCUCACGCGUCUGCAGGCUGCAAAGUUCUUCAGUGAUAUCAUCGAAAGUGUUCUGGGAGCUGUGUUUUUAGACUCGCGUGGAGAUUUCGACGUCGUUCGCCAAGUGCUAGAACGGCUAGGCCUGCUCCCCAUUCUGCGUCGCAUCGUUGAGGCAGACAUGGACGUCAUGCACCCGGUGUCUAGACUGGCCAACUGGGCUGCAAAGAGACAAAUCGCGAUCGAGUACAAGUUCGUGAAGGAGAAGGGGUCUGUCACCUGCGUCGUGGAAGCGGACCAGAAGGAGGUCGCUAGAGUCACCGAGAAUCACCGCGGACGCGCCAGCCAAGAUGAAGUGAAGUUUACUGCAGCAGAGAAGGCUAUCAGGGCCCUACAAUUGCAGGAGGAAGAGGAGGCUCGCAUUGACGAAGAGGAAGAAGAGGACAUGGAUGAGAACGACCCCUGGUGGGCCACAGCGGACACUUUCCCUCUCUAA